AUGGCAAGCAUCUCUGAAGAUGAUGAUGAUCGAGAUUUGGAAAGACAAGUUCGGAUGAUGACCAAUUCACCCAUGAAGACAUUUGUGACCAAAGAAGGAGACACCAUUGAUUGUGUUGAAAUUGACAAGCAACCGGCACUUGAUCACCCCUGGUUGAAGAACCACAAAAUUCAGGUAGUUUCUUUGAGAGAUGAGAUGACAGAAAAUAUCAAGUACGGAGGUUGUGGAGUAAUUAAUGUGUACAAUUUAACCAUAGCUCAUGACCAGGCUAGCUCACACAACAUGUGGAUUGAAACUGGUCCUGUGAAUCAUAUUAACAUGAUUGUUGCAGGCUGGCAGGUUUCUCCACAACUAUAUGGUGAUUCUCGUCCUCGGUUGUUUACAUAUUGGACGGGUGAUGGCCAGCGUAAUGGUUGUUACAACAUGCUAUGUCCAGGUUUUGUCCAGGUUCAUAGAUCAAUAACUCCCGGCCAUUUACUAGAUGCUUCUUCCACUUAUGGCGGACCUCAAAAGGAGUUUUAUAUCCAAAUCCACCAGGAUGCAGGUACAAAAAAUUGGUGGCUGACUGUUGGUCAUCAAAUUGUGAUUGGCUAUUGGCCGAGUGAACUAUUCUUAUAUUUACGCAACGGUUCGCUGCAUAUGGCUUGGGGAGGAGUGGGUAUGGCCGGGAGAGACGGAGUUUGCCCUCCGAUGGGUAGUGGUCAUAAGCCUGACGGUGAUUUUAGCCACGCCACGUACUUUCGAACUCUUCAUUCGAUAGAUGCGACCGGCGGUUUUCAACGUCUUUCGAAAAAAACAGUGAAGUGGGUGGAUAAAUCCAAUGUCUACGAUUUGAAGUACUAUGGCGAUAGAGGUCACGAAGAUGGGUACUGUAUUAGUUUUGGUGGUCCGGGAGGUUACUGUGGUGAGGGGAUGGAUGGUUAG